CUCGCCGCCGCCCGGCCUCGCUCGCCCAACCCCACUGCAAGCCGGCCCCAGGCCGCCUCGCCGCCACCCGGCCUCGCUGCGCGCCACCAUGGACAGUCCCGUUUUCCCCUGGUAAAGAUGGCGGUGCGCGAUCGCUGCAACCUUUAGACUAAUGACUGUCCGAAACAUCGCCUCCAUCUGUAAUAUGGGCACCAAUGCCUCUGCUCUGGAAAAAGACAUUGGACCAGAGCAGUUUCCGAUCAAUGAACACUACUUCGGAUUGGUCAAUUUUGGAAACACAUGCUAUUGUAACUCCGUGCUGCAAGCGUUGUACUUCUGCCGGCCGUUCCGGGAGAAUGUGUUGGCCUACAAGGCCCAGCAAAAAAAGAAGGAAAACCUGUUGACAUGCCUGGCAGACCUGUUCCACAGCAUUGCCACGCAGAAGAAGAAGGUUGGCGUCAUCCCACCAAAGAAGUUCAUUUCAAGGCUGAGGAAAGAGAACGAUCUCUUCGACAACUACAUGCAGCAGGAUGCCCACGAGUUUUUAAAUUAUUUGCUAAACACUAUCGCGGACAUCCUGCAGGAAGAGAAGAAACAGGAAAAACAAAACGGGAAAUUAAAAAAUGGCAACAUGAACGAAGCAGCGGAGAACAGCAAGCCAGAACUCACCUGGGUCCACGAGAUUUUUCAGGGAACACUCACUAACGAAACGCGAUGCUUGAACUGUGAAACUGUGAGUAGCAAAGAUGAAGAUUUUCUUGACCUGUCUGUUGAUGUGGAACAGAACACCUCUAUCACCCACUGUCUGAGAGACUUCAGCAACACAGAAACGCUGUGUAGUGAACAAAAAUAUUAUUGUGAAACAUGUUGCAGCAAACAGGAGGCUCAGAAGAGGAUGAGGGUGAAAAAGCUGCCCAUGAUUUUGGCCCUGCACCUGAAGAGGUUCAAGUACAUGGAGCAGCUGCACAGGUACACCAAGCUGUCUUACCGGGUGGUCUUCCCUCUGGAGCUCCGGCUCUUCAACACCUCCAGCGAUGCCGUGAACCUGGACCGCAUGUAUGACCUGGUUGCCGUGGUCGUUCACUGUGGAAGUGGUCCUAACCGCGGGCAUUACAUCACCAUCGUGAAGAGUCAUGGCUUCUGGCUGUUGUUUGAUGACGACAUUGUAGAGAAAAUAGAUGCUCAAGCCAUUGAGGAAUUCUAUGGUCUAACGUCAGACAUAUCAAAAAAUUCAGAAUCUGGAUAUAUUUUAUUCUAUCAAUCAAGAGAAUAACUUGGUGGAGCACGAGAGACUCAUUCAAGCAGGGAAAUACGCAAAGCACUAGAGCCGUGUUUCUCUGAAAACCUCCCCUCCCCCCAGUGGUCCACUGACGUCAUCACUCUGAUGCCCACUGGUCCGGCAGUGUUAAACUUCCUUCCUUUGUGUUUUUACAUGCAGCACUACUCCUGGCUCUGUUUUGGUCUGAGGUAGAGUUAACUGUGGUCAGAUUAUAUAGUCAGAUUUACAUGAAUAACUGUUGCUAAUUUUAAGAUUGGGGUGAAUGUUAUGCCUCUUGUCGUGUCUGGCUAAACUAGAGUAAUAUUUCCUGUAAAUGUCUUGGUCCAUGCUGAGUGUUUGGUAGGCUUCCUGAAUGGUUUCCGGGGUGGAGGUGGGGGCCCUUUCCAUGCAUUCCUUUCACGGGUCCCUGGAAGCACUGCUACCUGUUGUUAGCGUGCCUGCCUCCUCUGAUGGGAGGAGUUGGGUAGAUAGAUAUUCAUCUGUCGGGGCUGCAACCAUAGCUUUAAGUUUGUGCAAGUGAAAAUAUUUAAAAGUGAGUGGCCUAGAUGCUGAAAUCAUCCUCCACAUUGGAGCAAGGGGAGGUAAAGCUGUUGUGGGUGGCUGGUGUUUGCACCCAGCUGUGCUUACCUAGCUGGUAGAAUCCCAGGGGCUAAGACAUUACGGAGCUCAGGGCAGGCAAAGCCAAGAGGAAGAUGUUUCUGUGGUCAGUGAGAAGUUACUUAUCUUUCUACCAAAAGCCACGUUUCAGGAAAAUAGCACAAUGCUGGUCAUUUUUAGUAAUAAUUUUCUUCCAUCAGGUCCUGUAGUUAUAUUCUUCUUGUAUUUGGUACCCCUGAAUUUUUCAAGCUGUCUUUCCAAUCCUGCUGAUGUUUUGCAGUCGGUGGUACCAGGGCUGAGACAACACCAACAUCUUUCCUAGAUAAGGAAGAUGAAUCAAAAACUCUGUUCACCUUGACCAUCAGCAAAUUGUAUAGCUGCUUCUUUCUUCUUCUUCUUCUUCUUCUUCUUCUUCUUCUUCUUCUUCUUCUUCUUCUUCUUCUUCUUCUUCUUCUUCUUCCUCCUCCUCCUCCUCCUCCUCCUCCUCUUCCUCCUCUUCCUUCUUCUUCUUCUUCUUCUUCUUCUUCUUCUUCUUCUUCUUCUUCUUCUUCUUCUUCUUCUUCUUCUUCUUCUUCUUCUUCUUCUUCCUCCUCCUCCUCCUCCUCCUCCUCCUCCUCCUCUUCCUCCUCCUCCUUCUUCUUUCUUCUUCUUCUUCUUCUUCUUCUUCUUCUUCUUCUUCUUCUUCUUCUUCUUCUUCUUCUUCUUCUUCUUCUUCUUCUUCUUCUUCUUCUUCCUCCUCCUCCUCCUCCUCCUCCUCUUCCUCCUCCUUCUUCUUUCUUCUUCUUCUUCUUCUUCUUCUUCUUCUUCUUCUUCUUCUUCUUCUUCUUCUUCUUCUUCUUCUUCUUCUUCUUCCUCCUCCUCCUCCUCCUCUUCCUCCUCCUCCUUCUUUCUUUCUUCUUCUUCUUCUUCUUCUUCUUCUUCUUCUUCUUCUUCUUCUUCUUCUUCUUCUUCUUCUUCUUCUUCCUCCUCCUCCUCCUCCUCCUUCUUCUUCUUCCUCCUCCUCCUCCUCCUCCUCCUCUUCCUCCUCCUUCUUCUUUCUUCUUCUUCUUCUUCUUCUUCUUCUUCUUCUUCCUCCUCCUCCUCCUCCUCUUCCUCCUCCUCCUCCUCCUCCUCCUCUUCCUCCUCCUCCUUCUUUCUUUCUUCUUCUUCUUCUUCUUCUUCUUCUUCUUCUUCUUCUUCUUCUUCUUCUUCUUCUUCUUCUUCUUCUUCUUCCUCCUCCUCCUCUUCCUCCUCCUCCUCCUCCUCCUCCUCUUCCUCCUCCUCCUUCUUUCUUUCUUCUUCUUCUUCUUCUUCUUCUUCUUCUUCUUCUUCUUCCUCCUCCUCCUCCUCCUCCUUCUUCUUCUUCCUCCUCCUCCUCCUCCUCCUUUCUCCUUUCUCCUUCAGUCUGUUUAUGGAGGCACUGACAAGUAAAGCUGGAGUCAGUGCAGUGUGAGGUGGGUCACAGGAAGUGUUAGGAGGUGGGUGGAGGGGUAAGAUGGCGGCUGUUUCUCUGGCUCAGAUUCCUAGAAUGCUUGACAAGACAGUUUCCUGGAAGAACCUCAUCUCACCGUUUCCCCCUUUUGUUAUGUGUGUAUUUAUUAGAGCAUUUGCAUAUUGGUACCUUUUAUUAAAAGGGUUGAUUUGGUGUUUUACCAUUGAAUGGAUCUUGGUUUUCCUACAAAUACUAUGAGUCAUAGUCCUUGGCUUCCUUUGGGACGUCGGUUGACUUCCAUACACUAUAUAUACUGUGAACGUGUUAUGUUGUGAGGUAAUACGUCAGCAAACGAACAUGCAAACUCGUGCCGCAAUGUGAACUCAAACUGCAGUUAAAAGUGUCAGUGGCCAUUUUGCAGCAAUGAAGAGGAUAGCACUUUAUCUAGGUGAAAACUGGACUUCUUAUUUCUGAAAUAUCUUGAAUUGUUUGUGACUCAGAACUUAAGCAUGCUGACACUUCAUUUGUUCAUGCUUGAAGGGACGUGUUUCAUUCUUCACUGGAGCAGACGAAACAGGGUUAUGUCAUGUUACUCUCUUAUGCAAGUGACGAAAACGAACCUUGCCUUGGUUAGAGGCAAUGCAUAUUUAUAAAUAUUUUAUCUUUUUUUCCCCUCCAUGAAGCAUAUUUAUUAAUCACUUACUUGGAGGUGAACCUUCAUUCUUUAAGGAGAGGCACUUUCCCAAGUAUAAGUGUUUGAUGGCCUGAUAUAUUUGUACACAUACAGCCAUAUACUUGACUGUGGGUUUCAAAGGUUAAGAAAAUGGCGACGGGUUUCUAAUAUAUUUGGAACUGAUCAUAGAACAAAAUCUAUUAAAACUAUCUUUGAAACAACUCUUGCAGCUAAUUUAUUAGACAAAAGAAAAAAAAAAGUUUCAAUCGGAAGCCCAAAUGCUAUUGUAGGCUCAGCACAUUUUUCUUCUCUCUCUCUCUCUCUCUCUCUCUCUCUCUCUCUCUCUCUCUCUCUCUCUCUUCCUUUCUUUUGUUUCUGGGAGCCUGUAAUGUAUUCCCCAGCAAUGUAACCAAAGUCAUUGCUUUGAAUGGAAAAAGUAAGUUAAAAUUCAGUAUUCAUGAAGAGGUUUUGGAAGAAAAGGAGAUGAACGAUUGUUGAGGCUACUGUACUGGCAUUCAGUUGGUUGUGUGGCGCCAGAAAAGAAGACCAGAGAAGACAUGCGUCUCCAUCAGCACUCCAUCAGUUUAUCACAUGUAGACCUAUCUGGUAGUGACUUACCUUUUCUUCAGCAAAGAAAACACAAGGCAGCUCUGUCCCACCCACCCACCCCUUUCAUUUUUUUCCUAGAGAAGUCAUGUUCUAACUUACUGUCCCUGGUUCUUAGCAUUAAGCAGGGGAUGAGAGCAGCUGCGGGACACGUGAGACCAAGCCCAGGUCACAGAGAUAGCACAAAGACCCAGCAAAGUCCCCGAUGGGGGUUGGUAUGCCCUUUCUUCAGCUGGACUGACUAAGCCUGCUGAAUUUUUCUUAGUUUCUGUAAAAGCUGGGUAUUUACAAAGAAAUUACAGUGUCUUUCAAGAGACUUUAUUAUUAUUAUUUUUUUUUAAAUGAAAUGUUUCUUUUAUUGGUUAUUUGAUACUUUAACAUCUAGAGUAUGGUGCAGUAUGCUAAAUCUUUUGUUUCAGAGCAAAUGUUAGUAAAAUGGUGGCGUGCAUAAUCUUGUUACAUUGAUGCAUUUUCUUCCCAUUCCAAGGCAUCAUCAGGUAGACUGGCUUAAAGAGAGCCAGGAAGGACACAGUCAGGGUGAAUAGGAAGCCACUCCCACGUGGUUUUAUGUCCCAAUUAUAUUUUGGGCUUAACGUCAAAUGGAAAAUGACAGAAAUGGUCCCUUUGCAUUGUUUUCAUGGGUACCCUUAAUCUCAUGGGCAUGCCUAACUUGAAAGUCUGUUCUAACUGGCGCUUAAGGCUUAUUUUAGAUACUGGAGUGUAGCUUUAUUAUGGAUGGACUUUAUCUUUUAAACAUUUCAUUUUGAUCAACUUUGUAUAUUCAUGUGUAUUAAAAUAUCAUGGCACUAAAUGUUUCCCUCCCCCCACCCCCGGUUUGCUGUAUCUGGUCAAGGCAUUUGCCAGCACCAUUGUGAUUAGCUCAUGCAAAUGGCGUGGGCCAGAGGAGAUUAUUGCCUAUUUUUCUGCCUAAUUAAAUUUCUGUUUUCUAGUA